AGAACGAGAAGUCUUCUCACAAAUACGCACUGGACUGAUUCAUUAAAAAACUUGACUAUUUUCGCCAUUCUACCUCCGCACAUCGACUGUCCUCACAGUCCCACAUGGAGAGAACUCAAGGCCACUCGUACCCUACCGGAAAGAUCCACUCCGUGGGAAACAUAUACCUGUUCACAGUGGAUGUGAGUAAGUUCUCUCCAGAAGACGUCAUCACAACGUCUUCGCACAACCUUAUAGAAAUCUAUGCAGAGAAGUUAGCAGAGGACGGUACGGUCAAUUACACAUUUGCCCAUAAGUGUGUGUUGCCUGAGGACGUGGAUCCAAUGUCAGUGACAACCUCACUGGAAAGAAAGGGGGAACGUCAGACUUUGACUGUCAAAGCCAGAAGGAAGUAAUCUUCCAAAGGGUGCUGGGGGUCCUCGAGUGCUGAAAACGUUCCACGCAUUCACGCAUGAACGCACACAUGUUCACAAACAGUUGAAAUGUUUCAUUUGAAUCCAUAAAUCCAGUUACAGAUGAAAAUGAUGGUUUUAGUCAAUCGUGCAAUCUGAAGGCCAUGCACUGGCAGUCUCAGAGCAUGUCCAAAACCUCCAAAUACCAACAUCCAAAGUUUGGCAACCAACAAUUUUUAGGCGUGACAAUACAAUAAAGGCUAGUUUAGGAAUGUGUAGCACUAUCCCUAAUCAUGAUUCAAAAUCUAAUUCUAACCCUAAACAUAAACCAAAGUCAGAUAGAAAUUAUAGUCAAAGGGAGGACCAGCCAACUGUCCUCACUUCGCAAGAUUGUUCUUGUUUUACCUUUUUCAGAUAUACAGUGAUGCCUGACAACCUUCAGACAAUUAAAAAGUUUGGCGCAUUAGAAGGGGCUGUUUCUAUUCAGACAAGAACAUUGUGCUCUGGAAUAGAAUGUUCAGUAUUGUUUUUCUGAGAACUAAGUCCUCUAUAAGUAUUGGGACAGUAAAGUCAAAAUUGCUAUUUUUGCUGUACACUCAAGGCAUAUGCAAGUAUGAUUAAAAGAUGAAUGAGGCAAAAGUACAGACUGUCACCUUAUAUUUCUGGUUGUUUCAACACAUGCUUUACCAACAAAGAAUAACAGCACUUUCAGAGUUCUAUCACCCAUUUCACGAGAGCAUAAGUGUUGGGACAAUCCAACUUAAAGCAAAUGUAAGAACGAUGAAAACUAGUAUUUAGUCAAUAAUCCCUUGCAUGCAAUAACAGUGAGUCUACCAGCCAUUGACAUCACCAAACUCUUGGUAUCAUCCUUUGAGAUGCUUUGACAAGCCUUUACAGUUGCUAUUUUGACCAAUUGCAUUUUUGAGAGUUUCUAACUUCAGUUUACUCUUCAGCAAGUUAAUCUGUAUUUAAUUCAGAAGAUUGACUUGGCCAGGCCAAAAAUGAGCAUAUAAAUGAUUUCCCAUAUAAACUCUUUGGUCGUGUUUGGGAUCAUUGUCCUGUUGAAUGUAAAAGCACCUUGCAGUGAGUCUGCUGGCAUUUUCUUGUACAUUGGUAGCCAA